UAGAAUUCAGACUUACUGCUUUUUUCCUAAGAUUUUUUAUUGGUUUCAGUUGCAGUGAGAUUAAUUUGAAGUAUUUGACUUUAUUUUUGAGCAGUGAUAUUCUAGUCCAAUGGCGAAAAGUUUAUUCAAGCAAGAACAUGAUCUUGAAAAGAGGCGUGCUGAGGCUGCUAGAAUUAGGGAGAAAUAUUCAGAUAGGAUUCCGGUGAUUGUGGAGAAGGCAGAGAGAAGUGAUAUUCCUAAUAUUGACAAGAAAAAGUAUCUCGUCCCAGCUGACUUGACUGUAGGACAAUUCGUGUAUGUGAUUCGCAAAAGGAUCAAACUGAGCGCUGAGAAAGCAAUUUUCAUAUUCGUUGACAACGUCCUGCCUCCAACAGGUGCCAUUAUGUCUGCCGUAUAUGAUGAGAAGAAGGAUGAAGAUGGUUUCCUUUAUGUAACGUAUAGCGGAGAGAAUACAUUUGGGAACCAUUUCGUGCUGUAGCCUUCAAAACUCGGCCUUCGCUUGGUUUAUACGGUGUGACAACAGUUGCUGCCAUCACAUUGUGUUGAUAAUAUUUAUUCCCGUGCCUUUGAUAAAGAUAUUACAUCUAAAAUUAUGUAUAUCAUAUACGUGUAUAGUUUCAGAGUUUUCUGAGAUACCUAUUAUAUGUUACAAUCUCAUGGGAUGUGAUUACAAUAAUAAUUUGGAUUCAACCUUGUUUUUAAAUGUGCUUUUCAUUCUCUAAUAUCAAGCAAAAUAAAAUUUUGAUGCUUA